UGAGGCUACUGCCAUGGGGCCGAGCGCGUGUGUGGCGCGGCUGCUCACGCCACUAAUGUGGCGCAGGGCGGUUUCUUCGGUGGCGGGGUGCGCGGUUGGAGCUGAGCCCGGGCUUCAGCUGCUGGCCAUGCAGCGGCUUCCCGUAGGAGCAGCGUUCUGCCGGGCUUGCCAGACCCCAAACUUUGUCCGCGGCCUGCACAGCGAGCCUGGCCUGGAGGAGCGGGCGGAGAGGACGGUCGACGAGGGACGACCAGAAUCGGACGCGGCAGAUCAUACUGGUCCCAAGUUUGACAUCGAUACAAUGGUUUCACUUCUGAGGCAAGAAAAUGCGAGAGACAUUUGUGUGAUCCAGGUUCCUCCAGAAAUGAGAUACACAGAUUACUUUGUGAUUGGUAGUGGAACUUCUACCCGACACUUACAUGCCAUGGCCUUCUACAUUGUGAAAAUGUACAAACACCUGAAAUGUAAACAUGACCCUCAUGUUAAGAUUGAAGGGAAGGACACUGAUGACUGGAUGUGCGUGGAUUUUGGCAGCAUGGUGAUUCAUUUGAUGCUUCCAGAAACCAGAGAAAUCUAUGAAUUAGAGAAAUUAUGGACCCUACGUUCUUAUGAUGACCAGUUAGCUCAGAUAGCACCUGAGACAGUACCUGAAGACUUCAUUCUUGGAAUAGAAGAAGAUGAUACUUCAUCUGUGACUCCAGUGGAGUUCAAAUGUGAAUAAAAUAUUUUAUGCACUG